AUGGAAGACUGGGUAGCUUCCGAGGCCCCUGUUAACGCAGGUGCGGCCCGAAGCGAAACACCUGGACUUUUGACCGGUCCAGGUGCCAAAAUGAUUAUCCAUUUUGUUAAAAUGAUGAAUCCAACCCCGAGUGUCCGAAGCCGAAGAAGAAAAGUACGACGAUGAAGUGGAGUCGUCCGAAAGCGAAGAAAAAGGCAAGUCAAAAGACCAAUCUUUUGAGUUAAGAGAGUCAGUCGUCGGUUCUUUCUUGGACGACAUCUAUAUCGGACAGCCGCAAGCAGCAGAAAGCGAGCAACCAACGCCAAGGCGUGCUCCGUCUCUCUAUCUCCGACACGUGACUCGACGAGAACGAAGAAAGUCCGACCAAUCCGGAAAGUUUCCAUGGGGAAAGUACGAUCGAACAAAACUGUCGAGCCCAAUCACUCCGAAACAAGGAAAGAGCUCUGCCUCUCAAUCGACACAGGUAACGACUCCUGUCACAAAAAGUCCAAUUAAGGGAGCUCGAACAAUGAAAACAAGGAGCCCUAGUCCGAUUCCAGUUCGUCAGAGAACGCCGACGCCUCCAAUGAUUCAAACGUUGCCAGUUUCUCCGCCAAACGCGCCCUCAUCAAGCUCCAGUUCGGCACUGACCUCGGCACCAACAAGUACCACGACAUCCGUGAACAGCCCGAUUCCGUCAACAACAAUGACUUCGCUUCGCUCUAAUCCAACGACAACAGCGGCAACUGCGUCGACCAGUCAGACAUCGGGAUCGAUAUCGACAGCUCCACUGUCAUCUACUUUGACUUCAAGAACACAACUAGCAAGCACAUUUGAAUCGCUAAGAAAGCUUUUCUUAUCGAAUUCACCGACCAUGUUGGUUUUCUCAACGUCAACAGCGUUAUCGACAAGAGCGUCGAAGUCAUUGGCAGCGAUCUUGAAGACGUCCACUCCGAAACGUCAAAUUGGGCUGACGUCCACUCAGAAAAGUUAAACUACGUCACGGACUACGUCAACGUCGCCGAGUUCUACGACGAACCAGCCACGCUCCAGAAACAUUGUGGAAGUUCUCGAUUCAACUCUUAUGAAGAAGCUCAAUGGACAAGAAGUCAUUUCAUACUCGAACAUGACGAGCGACUACCAGGAAGCAAAGCUUUUGCGUUUUUCGAAAGGGACUCGCUGAAGCGCUCGUUGAAACUCCACCGCCGACUACAACUUUCCAAGAAAAGUCUCACUGUGAGCUGAGACCAUCCUCUGGUCAGUAUGAUCGCCGAAGAAGUUCUCAUCACGUCGAAAGAACGCUUAACCGACACAACAACGAAGCAGACGAACUCGAAACAAAGCUCGCAAGGAUCUUCAUGGGCGAGACGUCGACGCGAUCAAGCUGAAUGAGGGACUUCACGAAGAAUCCGACGCUACUUGAUGAAUCAGCCCUCAUCAUUCAUGGUGAAGCCUGCGGUCGACCUUCUGAAAUGUUUUCUACACGGCAGAACCAACUGGCCAGACGAUCGCAAAAGGUUGCCGAGCAGAAAGCUCGUCACGUCACCAUCUCCUGAAAAGCUGAAGACGUUAAAACCUUGCCGAAGAAGAUUUCAACACGAGAAGACGCCAGAAAAGACUCCUACAAAGAGACUUCAGCUGAAGAAGUUACCGGAAGAGUCUUCAUUUCGAAAAGAAAACUUUAAAACUGGACAAGAUGAACCGCCGAAGUAAACGCCAAAAAGCCAAAACGAGGAGUUCCCCGAGAGGAACAUCGACGAAGUCGCCGAAAUCGACGUCUACGAAGUCGCCGACAAGAGCAGCCAUGACACCGACAGUGUCGAAGAGAUCGAAGCCGACAAUACCGUCAACAGCGGUGUUGCGCCAUCUCCUCCUUUUUUUCUCUCACGUCAAAAAAAACUGAUUGUCUAAAUUUUUUUUUCUUUUCUUCUUCCAGCUGAUCUCUAUCUGAAAAUUUUUCUGCUCAUAUUUUUGAAAUCCUUUCCAUUCAAAAAAUUUUGAAUCGCUUUGUUGCCCUCACUCAUUUUUUCCUCAAAAUGAUUCGUAAAAGCCUAUCCAGUCGUUUCUCUAAAAAUAAUCAUUUGCCAUUAAUUUCUACAAAAGAAUUUGGUUCCGAAUCCAGCACGCCUUCCCGCAAAUAUUUUUUUCUAACUCUUAUGUUUUUGAUAAUUUUUUUAUCGUAUUUUUCCAAGUGAUUUUUAAAUGUUAAAAAUCCACCCAUUUUUUUCUCUUCAGUUGUGACCACCACACUCAUUUCUUUUUUUAAGAUUCGGGUCGAAUCUCAUUAAAAGGGGAAAGGUGUGAAGUAAUGCCCCUGGCAGAGGCCAGAGACGCAGGGGAAGACCGCCUCCUACCUAUAAAAGGCAGGGACGAUCUUCAGCUGGGUCGAAAUCCUCCCGGCCUGAGGUCAAUCCCUCGAUCCUAUUUUGACUAUAUGAUAUUUUCUAUUUGAGACUAAUGAAUCUUUAUUAAUAUAGUCCAUUUAUUCGGACCACAUCGAAACUACCGAUGGAGUCUCGGCAUGGCCAAGCCGAGGACUCACAAUUCUAA